AUGGCGCACAUCCUGAACCUCCCCACCAGCGUCCUCGAGCAGAUUGCCGAGGCUUGCACUUGGGGUUGCGAUUCCGACUCUAUGCCGGCAUCAUAUGCACGGAACCACGCGGCGCUUGCACGCACCUGUCGUGACUUGUACGCAGUCCUCAAUGAGGGGCUCUACAAACGAAACCUCAAGCGUGAUCCGCACCGGGCGUCCUGUGUCCUGUGGGCGGCCCAGAAUGGGCGCUUGGAAACAAUCAAACGGGCUGUCGAGUAUGGCGCUGAUCUGAGCUCUAAUGGUGUUCCCGACCAGGAAGAGGACGGCUUUGACUGGAGCACGAACAAUGGGCACUUCACAGCCCUCUUCGCCGCUAUGGAUCUCGACAACCGAAACGUUUUUGACUAUCUGAUGGCCCAGGGAGUCGAUUUCAACGUCCCGAGUCAGGGCUGCCCUUGCGGUCUUGCGGUGGGAUGUUACCCAAUACAUCUAUACUUCCAAAAGAACCGUCCCGAGGUCAAGGGGAACGCUCACUAUUAUGCAAAGGCUCUCAUCAAGCAGGGAGCGCGCCACUUCUCCGGAACCACCAGACUUCAGCCGCUCGACCUUGUCAUAACUGGUUAUGACCAGGCCAUGGUAUUUGACUUACUCGAGGAAGCAGAUGGGCGGGAGAGAAUCAAAGCAUUCCAUUGUGCUGUCGGGGCAGGACGCUAUGAUCUGGCGAGAGCCAUCCUACUAAAGUAUCCCCAUUUCGAUCUCUCGGAGCCUGUCCCAGACUCUCUCCCUUGGUCUGGAGGUGGCAUGACUAUCCUCCAUUAUCUAGUUAUGUCGAUGAAGAGCGAUUUUGGCUUCCUCGAACUGCUUCUUGACCGGCCUGAAUUGGAUGCCAAUAUGGAGCUGGAGGAUGGCAACAACCUUCUGCUACUUGCGACGCUUGGCGGUGCGGUUGAAACUGCUAGGGUCCUCACGUCGCGCCCAGAAUUCGAGUACAAGGCCAAUAAAUCUGGUACAACACCACUACAUCGCGCUGUUGUCCGUGGUAAAGAAAUAGUUGAUCUGAUUUUGAACUUGCCCGGAGUGGAUGUCGGUGCAGUGACAAACCGGGGAGAGACAGUUCUACAUUAUGCUCUCGAGCACCAAAGGGAGAUAAAAGAUCUCACGAUAGAAGAAGAGCUUCCAGAAGUAGUGCAGAUGCUUUUGGACCAUCCCGACAUCGACCCGCUAGCAGUAACCAGCGAUGGCGAGACUGCCUUGCAGUACGCCUGCGGUAAUAAGAGAUCCGAUCUAGCUUUUAUGCUCUUGGAAGACCAGAGAAUCAAGGAAGCCCCUACCCAAGUAGGUCUUGGGCAUCUCAAUUUGCUGUUCACUGUUGCUAUAGAGGAGGGAUCGCCCGACGUGUUGCGAGAACUUCUGGCUACACGUCCUGAAAUCGACAUUGAUGCCCAAGACGAGAAAGGCAACACAGCGCUGCACGCCGCCUGCAGUAGAUAUGGAGUUAUACCCAGCAAAAGGAUCGGGGAUAAAUUCUUCCCAUACCGCAUCAAGGAGAAUCAUAUGGAAGACCUAGUCCAAGUUCUGGUCGAGGGCGGUGCCUCCAUGGAUUUGGUGGACGACCUAGGAGAGACUCCCGUUCGACGCGCUCUAAACCAUGGCCUAUUCCGCAUUGCGGCAUGGAUGAUCUCAGAGGGUGCCGAACCCCCAGCCGCUGAAAGUAUGUUGGACGCGGCCUUCCUGAGGUACCGUGAGCGUGCAUCCUUCGCUAUGUAUAUUGAGGUGGUCAAAGAGCUGGCCGCCCACAGAAUCGCAGUCAAGGUCAUAGAUGAUCUCCCGCCAACAGAACUGGCAUGGUUGGCGCAAGACAUGAAAACCCUGGAUUCCUAUUUCAACGGUAUCCCGGACCUCGGUCUACCCGAAGCGCCCAACUCUCAAGACAUCCUUCCAGUCGGAUACUAUCUGGACGGUUUUGAAGAGCUGGAGACUCGGCUGAAGCCCGAAUGGGUCAUAUAUAUGAUCCAAUAUGGAGCCAGACUGGAAAUUCCGGUAACGUAUCCCAACGGAGACUCGGAGUCGCUGCUGGCUGCCUACUUGCGGGCUAUUGGGGUCGGAAAUGUGCCGCUGGAAAUGGACGCAGACAAGCUAAGGCUUUUCGUCGAGCCUCUCGUGGACAUGGGGUACGCGUGUGGUCCGGUAGGCAAUCUGCUGUCGGCACUGGAGAUUGCGUGCCAAACGGAUAUAGGGGGUGAGAAAAAGUUAUUAAAAAUAAUGAUUAAUGGAAUGAGGAAAAACAAUGUAGACAGACAACAUGUCAGGUACCUCAUGUCCGAGUAUGAGGAUGACGAGGUGCUUUUCUAUCUCAGGCAGUUUGAGCAGCUUGAGUUUGGGGACGGAGCUGAUGAAGAUGACACUGCAGAAGAGGAUGACGAGGAUGGCUCUGGCGAAGAGGAGGAAGAGUGGGAAGAGUCAGGUGAUGAAAUCGAUUAA